AUGCUGUUACUCUACAAUUUAGUCGACCUGCUAACACUGGAAUCCGUCCGCCGCCGGAAGCCAUUGCGAGACAGCUUGACUCACGGCUUGACCUCGCCGGAUGUUUUGGAGGUCGCACUCCACGAGACAGAUGACGACUCGUCUGCUCGUUUCGCCGGGAAUUUUAAUUGGGAGCCCUCUACGCGCGCGAUUGGCCUGAGAACCGUUCGCGGUUUCCUUAGGGCUCUGUGCACU